GGCACUUAACUGGACAUGAGUGGGAUGGCAUCAGAUCACAACAAUUCCUCCCAGGAAGAAUACAUCCCACACUAUCUCCAAAAGGAAGACCCCUUUGCAUCAAAGCUCUCUAGAGAAGCUGAUAUCAUAGCUGGCUUUUAUUUGACAAUAAUUGGGAUCCUUUCAACUCUGGGGAAUGGGUAUGUUAUUUUUAUGUCCUCAAAGCGAAAAAAGAAGCUGCGACCUGCUGAGAUAAUGACUGUUAAUUUAGCAGUGUGUGAUCUGGGCAUUUCAGUUGUAGGCAAACCCUUCAGCAUCAUCUCCUUCUUCUGCCACCGCUGGAUGUUUGGGUGGGUCGGCUGCCGCUGGUAUGGCUGGGCUGGGUUCUUCUUUGGCUGUGGGAGCCUCAUCACCAUGACAGCUGUCAGCCUGGACAGGUACCUGAAAAUCUGCCACUUGUCUUAUGGUACCUGGCUUAAGAGGCACCAUGCAUUUAUCUGCCUGGCAAUAAUUUGGGCCUAUGCUACCUUCUGGGCUACAGUGCCUUUUGCUGGGGUGGGGAGCUACGCCCCCGAGCCCUUUGGCACCUCCUGCACUCUGGACUGGUGGCUGGCACAGGCUUCAGUGGCUGGACAGGCUUUUGUUCUGAGCAUCCUUUUCUUCUGCCUGCUGUUCCCAACUGCAGUGAUUGUGUUUUCCUACGUCAAAAUAAUUUUAAAAGUCAAAUCAUCCACCAAAGAAGUUGCUCACUACGAUACCAGGAUUCAGAACAGCCACAUACUUGAAAUGAAGCUGACCAAGGUGGCAAUGCUGAUCUGCGCAGGGUUCCUCAUUGCCUGGAUCCCUUACGCCGUGGUCUCGGUCUGGUCAGCCUUUGGACAGCCAGACUCGGUGCCCAUCCAGCUCUCAGUGCUACCCACACUGCUUGCAAAGUCAGCAGCCAUGUACAACCCCAUCAUUUACCAGGUCAUUGACUGCAAGUUUGCCUGCUGCCGCUCGGGAGGGCUGAAGGCCACGAGCUCUUUGAAGAAAUCAAGGACAUACACAAUAUCUGCACACAGGGACUCCACAGCAGUGAGUGAAACCCAGCUGGAAGCAUGA